GAUUGAAAUAAAACCCCAAUGGAUGUUUAAAUUAUUGUGAUGUAGUCAUAAUCACCUUGACCACCAAAUUGCAUCGAUCUGUGAGUCAAUGUAUUCUUGGUGACCUUACGUCAAUGAUUCCCAAUCAUCAUCGUCAUAAUCAUCAGCUAAACCUUCCACCAAAAUCAUAUUAUUAUGUCACUAAAUUGUUUAUUAUUAUAUUGUACCCUAUUUUAUCAUUUACAUACUAGAUUUGACUAGGAAUCAAGGAACUUAACCCAGUGUCAUUCUCAACAAAUCCUCCUGAUGUUUUAAAUUUUUUAAUCCAACAAGUGAUUUUAUUGGUGCAGGACUACCCCUCAUUUUUUUAAAGGAUAUAUCAUCAUCCAUCAUCAUUUGAACACACAAAGAACCAACAAAGACAUCAAUCCACAAAACCAAGUUUUAGAGGCGUUCUUUUUAACCAACUUGACGAUUUUACUUUUCAUUUUACUGUGAAGGAGGAAAUUUUAAUUUUUUUUCCGGAUAAGAAUAAACUUUGGUUGCCGAAAAUCAAAAGGUCAAAAGAGGAUAGAAAACACGAGUAGUCGGCAUUUCAAUACUUGGAAUUUACCUUUCUCCUGUAAUGGUGGAGAUUUUUAUCACCUUAACAAGAUGAUUACAGUACCAAGAAAUCCUUAUCAUGUUCGUGUUCAAUCUCGCUCCUCAAGCCCAGAGUCUUACUCGUCCAUUUCUCAGAUGGGCGAUUACGGUGAUAUGGACUCAUUCAAGUCUACACUACCAACUAAGCUUUAUAAUCAUUAUGAUCAAGUCUGUUUUAAUAAUAUCAUCAGUGAAUCUAGUCACCUCCAUAUUAAUCAUAAUCAUACCUCACCUUCUCUCAACAACAUCACCAACCACAACAGUAAUAAUAAUCACCACCCUCUUCAACGAAACAACCAUCAAAAUCACGUAAAUAGUCAGCAUAAUAAUCAUGAGUCUGAUCAUCAACGAACACCAUGCACCAUUUCCCGGUCCUAUUCAUCUAAUUCGUCCCUGGCCUCGAAUGAUUCUUUCAAAGAUAAACGUCGAUUACCAAUGCCCCCAAAGGGACAUAUCAUGUAUCACCCAUCUCGUUACAAGACGGAGCUUUGUCGACAAUGGGAAGAACUUGGCUAUUGUGAAUAUGAUGAUAGAUGUCUUUUUGCCCAUGGAAUUUAUGAGCUCAAACCAUUACCUAAUCGUCACCCCAAGUACAAAACAGAAAAAUGCUCAGCAUUCCAUGAUCAAGGUUUUUGUUCAUUUGGACCUCGAUGUAGUUUUAUCCAUUCCAAAGUUGAUCCUGCCGAUCUUUUAGAAAAAGUUCUCACCAACUUACCCAAAAUUCCAAUGCCUGAGAAUCCUGAGGAUAAAGAGAAUAUCAAUACAAUUGUAGAGCCUGAUGAUGACGAUCGUUUACCCAUUUUCAAAAAGAUCGCUCCUUCAACGGGCUCAGUUUCUGGUUGAUUGGUUAAGGAGAUAUUUAUAUUUAUAUAUAUAUGUAUAAGAGUUAAAAGAAAAGGUCAUUUCCUAUGUCAGUCAUUACGAGAAAUCGAUUUGUUUCAAACAGCAGUUCAAAGUUAAUUCACAUUUUUGUUUUAAGUAAUUUUUAUCAAAGAAAAAAAAAUCAUCUUUAUAUAUAGUCAUUUAUAUUUCAUAUACACAUCAAUCCACCCCUUUAAUGAUUUCAUUGUGAAUUAAAUUUCACUCAUUGUUAUCCACUCUUUAUAAUCGUGAUUUAAAUUUCAUAAACAAAGUUUAUAUUAGUUACAAAAAAAUUGAAAUUUAACGAUAAAAGAAAUUGUUUAUUUUUCUAUACUA